UCAAAUCCAUUUUUUUUCUUGUGCGCACACAUUUUCAUUGGCUAACUAUGAAUACAACAACUAAACUCUCUCUCUCAUUCGUUCUCCUCUCUUUCUACUCCAUCACCUCUUGGUUCAGUCCACGUUCAGCUGCGGAAGCACCCGAGCCGGUGCUCGACAUCACUGGAAAAGUACUCCGGACCGGCAUUGAUUACUACAUAUUGCCUGUCAUUCGGGGCAGAGGUGGUGGGCUUACACUAGCCCUCAUUAAUGAAACUUGCCCUCUCGACGUUGUUCAAGAGCAAGUGGAAGUAAAAAAUGGCCUUCCAUUGACAUUUACACCGGUCCAUCCUAAUAAAGGGCUGAUCCCUGUCUCCACUGAUCUAAACAUCAAGUUCUCGGCUUCCUCAACCUGCGUUCAGUCCACUGUAUGGAAGCUCGACGGAUCAGCCGGGAAAUAUUUCAUAACAACCGGUGGAGUUGAAGGCAAUCCCGGCCGCGAAACUAUAAGCAACUGGUUCAAGAUUGAAAAAUAUGAACGUGACUAUAAGAUUGUUUUCUGCCCUACGGUGUGUGACUAUUGCAGGGUUAUAUGCAAAGAUGUUGGUAUUAUCAUACAAGAUGGAUAUAGACGUCUGGCUUUGAGUACUACUGAUGAUGAUGUUCCAUUUAGAGUUAUGUUUAAGAAGGCUUGAAAGUUAAAUUAUAUCUUCGAUAUACUCAAAUUCUGAAACUUUAACAAGUACUUUUUAAGCAAACUUAAAUUAUAUGUAUGUAAUAAGGAAGAUUUUACUUUCCAGUGAUAUAUGCAAGGACGAAUGUUUAAUUAA